AUGGCAAACAGCGUGUCUACCUCCAUCGACGUAUUUAACGCAGGAGCACUCGUGGAGGCAAACACCUCAGGUUUGUCAAUCGCCGUUUUACGUGGUGACUCUUUGGCAGAGCUUCCAUAUCCCAAGCGUGAGACAGAAGACUCUUCCUACGAGAAAUUCACUGACGAUUUUGAAGGUGGUUGUUGUCCGCGUGAGUGGUUACUCAAUGCCUGUAUUCAGAUCUUUUUCUGUUCUGUUAAGAUCAAAGGCGUCCUGCGAUGCAUCAGUAUCUCACACAACAAGUUGUAUAUAUGUUGAACUGGAUUGGGAUGGCUCCCUUGCCUCCCCUUUGCAUGUCUAUCCAACCGGUUUUACCCAUCUGGGACCAGUCCGCCGAUUGAUUCAAGUCGUUGACGGAACCAUAUUGAGUCCAGCGCUUCAGCGCCAUCGGUUAGGGGGGAGACCUGUUAGCAGGCCAUCUGUUUCCCGUCUUGUUACAAGAUUCUGCAGAUUGAUCCUCAUAACCAAGUCGUCAAGGCAACUGCGCCGUCAGUAUAAUCAGGGAUUGCAUUGGCCUUCGUGAGGGAAACUUCAUAUGCCAUCGGCUGCUUUUUGCAGCGUACUUUUAUUUCUUGAGACAGACGUCUAGGUCGAAAAGUCAUUCACGCUCUGAGGUCUUGCGAUUCUUGCUUGUUUCUUUCUCAUGGUUUCUAUUUUUGAGUAUACCCUCGGACCUGUUACACCAAGGUUAUGCGUUUGGGAAAGAAGGCUCAGGUGGACAAAAGACUGAUUCAGAUGGGCAUUUAUUAUGGUAAUCUUUGAAAAUCCUGAGGUUUUAAAGGCUGGUCGGCUGUCUGCUAACCAAAGCUACUGAUCAAUUACGGAUACAGCACUCACAUUUUGCCAAAGUGUGCUCGAUAGGAAGUUCCUAAACAGGACUUACUUCUCACUGCUUACCUCUCCUACUCUGGCCUUUGCCAAUUUUGCAAAGAAAGUCUUGUAUAGACUCGGUACUUCUUGCCACGCAAAUUUCCUUUUCUCGUCAUUGUUGCCAUUUUGGUUUCCGCACUGUGUUUAUAUGGGAAUGGUACCCCUGUGCCGCCGCUGCUUCUGCGGCGGCGGCGGCUGCGACCGAGCCCUCUCCUUGUUGGAUGUCUUUGCGCCAAAAUGGCAGUUUUUUUCGCACCAACCGCCUGACCAAAGGAGAUCCUGAUUCCUUCUUUCUCUGUUUAGACCCGGAUUCCACUCCAGCUCUGCGAAAUCAUACGUGCGAGUUUUGUGGCGACUCCUUUACACAAAGCGGACUACUGAAGCGACAUGUCGACUAUGUCCACAAAAGUACGCGCCUUUUCCCUCAUCUGUUCACAGUUUAUCUUUAACUUCUAUUUCCUCAUGUAGUGUUGUGUGGGCUUCCUACGCGGCGCCUGUUUUUACUGCUUUUUUCUGUAACUGUCCUGCUGCACAGUAUCAUUGCUUCGAGAUUUCAGCGCCUCUACCUGUUUUGGAAAUAUUUUGCCACCCCUGUGAACGCCAGGGAAAUGGUGGUAGACAUGAUGAAUGCGCCCUUUGUUUGAUGAAGUCAGCCUAGAGGACCUUUUGAUCAUUAAAUCGAAUAUGUCUGCCUCUAUCCUGCCCCGGUUGCUUUUCCUGCGAAUAAAAGACACGCGUAAGACGAGUGACCACGGCGAAAGCCGCACUGGACAGUACAUAGUAACUGUCCGUGCUCUGGGUGCGCUAUUAGUUUUUUCCUGAUAAAUCGUUCCAUAUCACAGCACAAAAUACAGGUUAGAUACAGGAUGAUAAUAUUCCGACCGCAGCCUAGACUUUUUAUUCCAGGUUUUAGAGAUAAUGACGAUCCUCCAUUCCCCCGGCAGUUCCCUAUCUUUACUGACCUUUGAAAAAAUCCAUGCUUGUGUACACAGUGUGUUGACUGAAUUUUUGAUGGGGGAACGAGUUCUUUAUAUGCGGGAAAGUUUGAUUGACAGCACGACAAUUUGGCAUUUAUUUGCUUUGUAUCGAAUAAUUAAAAAAACAUUAGCCGCCUUGCCAAUGGCUUUCAAUUUACUUACUGAGUCGCUUAUAAAGUUUGCGCCCCCAUGUGUAUAUUAAUGUGUAUGAACUAACUCGUUGAGUUAUGGCCGAUUGUCGCUUCAUCCGGGACGACAUUUCUGCAUUCCUCGGGCUUAUUCGUGUUAAGCUAGGCCACAGGGGUAUCGCUGGGGGUUUCCAACGACUUUCCCAGCUGUCCCGUAGCCUGAUGACCAUUAAAUACUGCCUUCCCUGUCGACUCGGGUCGUAAACCGUGACCCAAAUUUUAUAAGUCAGUCAGCGUGCCAGAUCUCAGACCUCCAUUCCCUGGUAGCAUUACUGCUGCUGGCCCGCGCCUUUUUAUUCGCCAGAUCCGAGUGGCUACUUAUUACACAGCUGACAUUCGCUGAAGGCUGUCCCACUGUCCGCGACGUAUGGAGUCGCCGAGUAGCUAGCAGCUAGUCCAACAAGCAUAUCAUCGUCCCUGGACGCAUUGUUGAAGCUAGCUGAGGUCAUCAGUACAAUCAGAAAUAGCAUUCGCGUUUGCGAAGGAGGCCUCAUAUGCGUUCUGUUAUCUUUCUGAGCGUACGACAGACAUCCGGGCCGAUGAGGCUUUUUCCCUCUGAGGCCAAGUACACUGAUAAACUGCCGCAUUACGACCCUUGUGCGUUUCAUUUACCCGAUCCAUGAUUUUGUGCAUGCCUACAAGAGGCUCUGGUGGACAAGAUGCUGACUCUGAUUAAGAUUGGAAGUUGCUAUGAAAGUCCUUAAAAGUCCUGUAGUCUUCAAGGCUGGCCAGCUGCCUACUACCUGAAGCUGCUCAUCGAUUGCUCACUUCCAGUGCGGAUGCUACACCUGAAUUUUGCAGAAGAAGCGUACUCGAUAGGAAGCCUUUAAGGAGUGCCCACUCCUCGCCAUUUAUCUCUCCUACUCCGAACUUUGCUAAUUUUUCAAAGAAGGUCUUGUGUAGACUCCCCUUCGUCUCUUGCCACUGUCAGCGUCUUUGGUUGCUGUACUACGCUUAGAUAGAAAGGGUGUUCUUUUGCCGCUGAUGCUGCUGCAGUCGCCAUGGCGUCAGCCAAACAGUUUACCAGUUUUAUUUUGGUGUCUGUCGCUUGGCCGAAGGCGAUACUUUUUUUUUAUUACUGGGGGCCUUUUUUCCUUUCAGAUCUGCGAGAGAAUACGUGCGAGUUUUGUGGCAAGGCUUUUAUACGAAGUUGUUUACUGAGGCGGCAUGUCAACGGUGUCCACAGAAGUACGCGCCUUUUCCCUCGCUGGUUGACAGUUUAUCUUCAACUUCUAUUUCCCCAUGUAAUGUUGCGUUGGUUUCCUACUCGGCGCUUGUUUGUGCUGUUUAUUUUUCCCUGGCUGUCCUUCGUGCGAGAAAUCCCUUACUUCAGCUGCAAUUAUACCUCCAUCAUGGGUCGCUAUGAAAAGGCGUUUGACGCAGCAAAUGCGAGGCUUUGUUUCCACGCACACUGACUUCAACUACCACUCCGACGGAUUCGCACUGCGCUUUAGCUUUACUCUGUGGUCAGGUCUCUUCAUUUGCAUUCUAGCUAGGUUAUCUACUUUGCUCAACAGUUACCCCAGCCCGCACUGGGUCCCUCCACCCAGCAUUCAAGUCGUGAACGCCAGUUGGGUGUGAUAUCCGACGUCAGUCACAGCAGAGUUCUGGGCCUUAGUGUGUGCUUGUUGCAAGUCGUAUUAUGCAGUUUCGUCCGACUGCUGAUCGGCCUGAAUCGACAUGGGACGGCUGCGGAGACUUAGGCCAUGAGUUUCGCUGAGGCCAUAGUCCUGGCCUAGAUAGAUGGGACUGUUUCUUGUCAAAGUGGUGCUUUGACGAUUUACUGUGGACGUCCAAUUUCAUUAGUAAAAAUGCAAUCCGAGAAGGAGUUGUAUCAUUCUUUGAUUUCCCUUUUUGUCUUUGUUUUAGAGCUGCGAGAAUUUGUAUGUGAGAUUUGUGGCAAAGCUUUUGCUCAGAAGUCGGCGCUGAAUAAGCAUAUUGACUUUGUUCACAAAGGUGCGCUCCACUAUCCCAUAAGGUUUACUGUUUCAUUUUUGUGAUAAAUUUACCUUUAAUGUCGGUGUUUUGUGCCUUGUUGUUAGUUUUCGACGGUCACUUUUACUCGUGGGACUUUUAAUCAAGGAAGGUAACUCUGCGUGUCGUCCAACGCCAUUACUCUCACCUUCGUGGUAAACAGAGUCCUCCAUGCAUACAGUUAACAAUCCGUCAUACAUGAAAUCACACUAAGGAUUAAACGAUAUUUAGAUGUAAACUUCACUAAAACACUGUUAUUAGACGUUAAUUUAUGUCUAUUUUCAUAUUUGCUACGUUUUUGGCAUGAGAAUACAUUCUAUACAUCUAAAAACGAACUUUACUCAAUUAGAGCCAUUUCUGGCGUUUUCGGGAUAUUGGACUUUUCAAAAUAAGUCGCCAUUUCUAAACAUUGCAACACUGCCUUUAGUAUUUCUUUUAUGCUUUUAAUUCUUUUAAACUUGUACAUAAUUAACAUGGGCACUGAACUCAUGAAAUGGUGUCGGUUUGCGAGUGAUUGGCAAUCAUUCGUAAAUUUCGACACAUUUCAUGAGUUAGGUCACUAACUGUAUGUGCCACACGCUCUCAUCUCCUUCCAGUAUUAGUCUCAGAAUGGGUCGCAUCCACGUGCCCUUUUGCAUCGCAUACUACUGAUAAAUGUCCCAAUGGCCGAAUUUUGUGUGUGCAUUUUGUGGUUAUUUAGUUGGGGCGGUAGAUGGGAAAUUAAGUGUCAGAUUUCUCUUAAAUAGACGAGCCUGGAUCAAAGCAACUGGCGCUAAGAUCGGGCAGAGUAGUUGACUGACGCGAAAUCCCCAUCUAGCAUGUCUGGUGUUUUGCCUAGCUCGCCUACGCCGGCGUAAUCCUUAACCCGAUAUUUCGAACAGGCGAUUGGGGCGGUUCAUCUUUCAGUCCGGAUGCUACUGGUCAUUCCCGAUGAGCCACGGUUUAGGCGAGGAUAGUAUGACCUGAAUGCUAGUGGUGUAUGCUCUAUGGCUCAACUUCCAGGGAGUCGGUGGCUUACGAAGCACUUUCUAGUUCAGCAACUGCCCGCAUGGAAGAUUAAAUCUCUCGGACCGCCACUUAUUGAAUCGCAAUAGGCAUAAAAGGUUCGCGAGAUCCUUAUGCUGAAGCCAUAGAAACAUGACAAUUCGACCGUCGCGGUCGACGGCGUCCACUAAGUGCCCUACUGAGUGGGCGCUGUGGCGGUUGCUAGGUGGAAAUCAGUUCAUAGUGAGACGUUUACCAGAGUUCUGUAAGAGUCCCUCGUAUCUCGUGUGCGGAAUUGUACCAGAAGAGUCACACUAAGAAGGAGUCAUUGCCGACGGACUCUGUUCUGAGGUGGGUUAAGUUAUGCCGCUAGUGGAAAGCCUUCCAAGCCACCACUCCUACCUCGGCUUGGUAGACUCAAGAACGUCAGGUGUGUUAUGGUGAGCAAUGAGCCGAUAUUCCGGGAGGAUGUCGGUCCGGCUGACCCUUUCCCCCCCCCCCUCCACCUCGCAAUCGACUGUGAGAACUUCUUAAUCAGAUGGGUGUGAGAUUGGGUGCAGUGACUAACGUGGCGUGGAGGCCUACGUCUGUUCUUAUCCCCCCUCCUCAAAUGCACAGUCCUAAUAGUACUAGCAGUAUUAGUGGUAGUAGUAGUAGUAGUAGUAGUAGUAGUAGAAGUAGCAUUAGCAGGUAGUAGUCGUAGCAGUUAGUAGUAAUAUUAUUAUCAUUAGUAGUAGUAGCGUCAGUAGUAAGCAGCAUACUCUUGCGGACUUCCCUCAGCCUGGUUAGCGCGUGUCGUUUGUCGGCAGUCCGGUUCCCCCGGUUUUGUCCAUCACAGCCCUAUGUAGGGGCCAGGGCUUAGGGAUACGAUAACACGCGCACACAGCGUAGUAAACACCGUAAGGUUUUAUAGGAUAGACCAGGGAAUAUGCAAAGUACGUAAUGGUAGGGGGCGCUCACCGAUCGUCCUUACGGAACUCGCUCGUAAUGGACUUUCUGCGCCCAAGCAGCUGACAAGGAAGACCAAAUACCCCACUUGCCUCUUGUGGGUUGCGAUCUUUGCGUGUCUCUGCGGGAGGUAAUGUUUUACGGAGUCCAGGAUCACGGGCUCCAAUAACUCACCGGAUCGUAUCCUGCACUCUGUUUCAUCUGUGCAUGUUCAGAACGGCCCAGUAGACGUUUGCUGAGUGGCUUUAUUGUCAUUGUAGCCCUGCGUCCCUUCGCCUGCGAGAUUUGUGGCCGAAACUUCGCGGAGCAAAGACACUUGAGGAGUCACAUCGAUCAUAUUCACAAAAGUAUGCUUUGCUUCCUUUCCGCCUGAUUUAUUCUUGUUGUCUUUCAUUUAGUUCAGAAUCGCCAUUCGUGUUCUAGUCCUCGAAAGUCUUGUAAUUAUUGUGCUGCGUGUUACUGUAAUGAAGGAACCUGUGAGACAUUUUUCGUUUUGAUUCCAUUACCUGAUGCUAUAUUGGUUUCCGUCUCCUUCACCCUAAAUGUCACUGUGAAUCCGGCGCUUGUUGGUGACAAAGUCGACGAACGUGUCGAGUUCUGGAUCGAGCACUACCUCUUAAUCUCCAAGAUCAGUCUCCAGAUUCCAUCAGGCAAUAAUCCUCGAAAAAGAAGCGCUCCUAAUGAGCUGAGCGUAGCUCUUACGGAUUGUGUCGUCUGCAGACUAAUAGUUUUCAUAUGACUGGGCGACAAUCAAAGGUAUUGCACCCUAAACAGGAUGGUGCUAAACUUAAAUAGAGUCAACUGUGAGACGCAAUCUAUGCGCGACUGCAGUUGAGGUCUUUGCACUAGGCAAAUGGUCCGACAAGUAGGUUCGGCAUCAACCCUCCUGGAGGCCCAAAUGUCCUAAGAGGUCAACUGAAUCCUCAUAUACAACCCGUCUUCGCUAAUUGUUGUCAGCAACGACAACACAAACACGAUGUUCUUAUGUCGCAACGUAAUUGUCAGAGGAAUUCGAUGCGCCGGGGGAUUUGAUUGAAUUCUUUCACAACAUAUUUGAUGGCAAAUUCUUCAGGCGGCAAGGGGGCGCUCAACAGUUUGCUACCAGUCGGUGCAGUAUCUGAUCUGACCAGUUAACUUACUGUUGCGUGAAAUGUUUGCGAGAGCAGCUGUGCCUGUAUCAGAGAUAUACAGGCACGGCAUGCCUUAAAGCUGGGUGCACUUACCAAUGGGCUUCGGAAGGUGUGGAGUCAACAAACCCCCUCCUCUCCCCCUCCCACCCGAGACUUCAAUGGCGUCACCCCUGGUGAUCCCGAAAAUGUGCCACGGUAGUACACAGUGAUCGUCAGGGACCCUCUCAGCACUCAACAUCAUAACAGCACUUUCAUCUGGUACAGGAAUUGCUGCCGGGGAGGCAUUGCUGAUGCUAUAACGUCCUGGGAUCACUGACAUUGUCUUCGUCGCUCACCACGAAACGCGGACCCGUCGGCCCACCAAGCCCGUUGUCAGGGGAAUUUCGCCAACACGCUGAACCCAAGUCAAGUCUGAAGAAUAAUUCCUAAUUUUGCUCGUCUGCGAAAGUUAAUGCAAAACGUGAGACAAUUUCAAAACUUCAUGUCAGGCAACCUUAUCGACCCAGGACCAUCGGCUCCUCGAAGAAUAUUCACUCAACACCACCGCAGAUAUGGGCUUGUAACGGGCCACAAACCACUUAAUAUCUGUAUGCUCAAGCUUUGAACUUAUCUUUGCCACCAAUCACCAAACAGUGAUCAUAAGUCGAUCGGCAUACACCGUUGUUACGGAGAACGAAUGCUCUUACUGGACAACGGAAUCAUGAGGCUCACCACAAUCAAUGGGAAUACUGGUGCGUAACGCUACGAACGUCCAAAUACCUCUUGCACGUCUUCAGUGGCAACGCAGAUUCAGAACUGCCCUGUGGAAGGGAUAACGACUUGCGAAACACUGCGUCUCGGGUCCACACGUCCGUAAAAUGUUACUCCCGCUGCCAUUUAAGAUCUACCAUGAGCCACCAUGAGAGGACGUUCGACGUAACAAAUGCGAGACUGUUUUCCACGUACGAUGUCCUCAACCGCCACUCCAGCGGAUUCGCACUGCGUUUUACUCCGUGGUCCGCCCUCCCCUUCAUUUGCGUUCCGACUAGAUUAUCCAAUCUGUGCAACAGUAACGCCAACCCACACUUUUUGGCGUAGGAUAUCUGCUGCUGGGUCCCUUUACCCAGCAUUCAAAUCGUGAACGCCAAUUUCUUUCAAGAUGCUAUUUUGAUGGCUUACUUUAAACGCCCGAUUUCAUUAGUGAAAAUAUAAGGCAAUCCCAGAAGAAGUUGUCUCAGUCUUUUUCAAUUAAUUCCACUUUCGUUUUGUGUUGUAGAGUUGCGAGAGUUUGUGUGUGAGAUUUGCGGCAAAGCCUUUACACAGAAGACAAGCCUGAAUUAUCACAUUGGCACUAUCCACAAAGGUGCGUUUCUUAUCCUCGAGGAUUUUCACAUUAUUCAUUUAAUAAGUUUGCUCUAACUGUCGUCACAAUUUUCACUUGGCGGUUUUGUAUUGCUGCUUGUUUGCGACGACCAAUUGGUCUCGUUGGAAAUUCAUCGACUGAAAUUUCCAGUGUAACUGUUGCGCCAUUUUUCUCACCCCUGGAUUAAACAGUGUCCUCCAUUUUAGUGUGCCAUACUUUGUUUUCGUCCUAAUAUACCUUUCCUUUGAGUAUCAACCUUAGAAAGGCCCCCUAUCUCUUGGGUUUACGCAUAUCCACAUCACCGUAUACGCUGGGACGCCCCUACACCAGUUCGUCCAACGCAUCCAUGACUGCCUCAGGAUGCAGUGAUGACUUGCGAGUGAAUCGAUUGGUAUUGUGGACGACUUGCACAGCAUUUGCCUCGCCGUUUUCGCCCACGCCUACAGCUUUCUAAUGGAAGUACAAGGUGAGAAAGGCUGUAAGUGGGUGCGGGCAUGACGACUGACGAGUGCUAAGCCACGACUACACGUGCCUCGCACGUGCUGGUCCUUGCUCCGUGCGACAGAAUCUUCGAUGAGGGAAUUUCGAUCAUCAUCCAUCCGUUUGACUCCAUAAUGGCCACAUUUUUAGCGAGCCAUCACUGGGUUUGGUUAAAUUGCUUCGUCAGUUGGCACCCCACGACUAGUAGCCGGUCGUGGUCUUCCCAAAGUACGAGAGACGGGUCAAGCGCCGGACAUAUGUUGAAUAGAAAGAAGUCCGGAGCAAAGGAACCCGUGAUAAGACCGAGCAGAGUUGUUGUCGUGACGCGAAAACUCCGCCCCAACACGUGCCACGCGUCCGCAUGCUUACGACUUGGUACCAUCGUACGCCGCACCAUGUGCAUGAGUCGCUCUAUGCAGCCUAAUUUCUGCAUGAUUUUUCGUAGUCCGUUGCGAUUCACCGUAUCGAAGACUUUCUUCAGGGUGGUGAUGGGUCCACAUCUGUGCUGGCACUUCUGUUGUAGCCAGCUUUGGGGAGCGUAAAACGGUGAUACUUUCAGAUGUAACUGGUCCAGCCAACAAAAUAAAGGUCGUAAACCACUGCUGCAUGACCACCUCAACGCAAAUGUCUUGCUCACGAACCUUCCGAUUAGAAUGGGACCGUUUUUGUACUCAAGCCAUACCUUUGUGGUCGUGGGUUCGAGUCCCAUUGAGGCCUCUGGGGUUUGCAAAAUGAGGUCAAAGGAUGGGGUAAACCUCUCCGUCCGCUACUUUCUGAAUAACGAAAAGACGUCACAUACGCAGGAAUGACAAUUCAACUGUCGAGGAGAAGGAAAUCCAGUGUGUGCUCCAAGGAGCUGGCUCGGCAAAUGUUACUUGUGUGGAUAUUUUUUUGUUAUGAGACAGACUUGCUCACUAUGUAGCUUACUCCCUCCUCCCCCUCCCGACAAGUUUCCUUACUGUCGGCCUCACUAGCUCUUACCUCUCCCUUUUAUUGCCGUUGUCUUUUCGGCAGCGUCAGCGUCAGAGCCCUCUUCUUAUUGGUUGCUUUUUUUUAGUCAGAUUGGCUAUAAUUUUACCGCCUGACUGAAUGAGACUCUGGUCAUUCCCUUCUUUAUUUAGACCUAGUUCCCCUUCCAGCCCUGCGAAAUCAUACGUGCGAGUUUUGUGGCAAGAAUUUUACACGGAGCGCCCUUCUGAAACUGCAUAUCGACGGUGUACAUAAAAGUACGUGCCCUUUCCCUCCCUGGUCGAUAUUUUUUCUUCAAGUUAUACUUCCCUUUGUAAGUGAUCGGACGAUAGUUGUUCCUGUUUGUGGCAAAGAUAGAGAUGUCGCGUCGUUCCUACGGACAGUGAGCAUCAACAUAGUGGAGACCAGCCAGUCUUCCACGUACAAAGUCACAGCCGUCAAAACCGCGGAGAACCCCUCAGAGAUCCCGAUCAGUGCUGUCGUUGGACAGAAUGGGCGACAAGUUGUGGCCUUGUCGAUCGUCAGAUCGAAUGAUAUAGAACGACUGGCAGAGAUUGUCCAAACCGGAUCUCACGAAGUAAUUGGGCGAUAGUUUCCCCUGUUCGUGGCAAUGAUCUUUGCUGGAAUACUAUGCAAUUCGAUUAUUGGGCACAGGGACUGGCGAUGAACGGAAUCGAACGCUACGGUGCUGGGCAUGACUGACUGACUGACGACGAUUAAUGCGUCCAGAAGUGGCCAUCCCAGUCUCCCUUGUCUUGGUCGGCACUGCUUCCAGAGUGCUUGGCGGAAGCCUUGUCGUGGAGAUUUUUGGGAAUACUUUACAGACAUAAUUAUUGAUUCGGGCCAAACUGUUAGUCUUGCAGAUCACAUAUUUGCGAAUUUGGACAAGGUGGAAGGUUCCAGGUGAAACCGACUUGGAUCUUCAUAGACAGGAGUGACUAAGGGCUUUCCUUGCGGCCGUUUUGCUCUUAUUUGGCUUCUAGUCAUAAAAGCAUCCGGCGCCGAGGCGCCGUAACUCACGGCCUGCAACCGUCGUAUGGCGGAUUGGCAAUCACUAAUUUGUCUCAAUCAGCUCCUGAUGCUUGGACAUGUUGUUGCGGUUCAAACCAAAAACUAUCAAACUGAUGACCUUUUUAUUUUCAUUUUAGAACUGAGGCCGUUUGCGUGUGAGGCCUGUGGCUCAGCUUUUAUUUCGAAGGGAAAUCUAAAGAGACAUAUCGACGCAAUCCACAAAAGUACGCUCCUCCCCUCUCUCGGUUGUCUGUCAUUUCCGUUGUCUGCCAGUUUCUGUAACUCUUCAAGUUGCUAUUUUAUGAAUUGGAAUAGUAUCACGUUACCUGUACCGCCAUUUAAGUUUUUUGGCUGCAGCUUGUAGUGUUCGUCAGUUUUUAAAGCAAAAUGAUAUGCGCUUGUCGUCCAUGUUGAUGGUCGUUUGUUAGGUUCGAUUUUAUUCAAGGAAAAUGUUUGUCAUCAACCCUUAAGCUCCCGUUCGUUACGAGCUGGGGAGGUAUAUCAAAAAGAUGGAAACGUAAGCAUCAAACAGGUGCAGAAAAAUUACCGAAUCUGUGCAGAUAAUCGGGUUAUUCGAAAUGUUGAAAACACCGGCACUACUAAGUACGUUGUACAGUAGCCAGUCUAUCCAUAAUUGUGUUGCGGAGAAAGUAAUACGGCUUCAAUUAUCUGCAGGCGCUGAAGUAAAUGCCAUCGUGCACAAACGUUUCGGACAAUAGGAGUUUUGGAACGCAGACGUUAUUGAAGUGCGGACAGUGAUUUGCUAACAGAAAUAAAUUGUAGACAGUAUGUUAUUACCGACAAAGACAAGGGAGACUGGAAUCCCCAUUUCUGGCUUAUUGGCCGCCGUCAGCCAUUCAUACCCAACCCCCAAGUGUGGAACAUUCGAGGCUCGAACUCGUGACCUGUUAGUUAGAAGUCUACGCCUCUAACCAGUGGGCCACGAGAUCGUUGCCCUUUCGGUUUCUAUCGGGAAUAUACAAUGGUAGGGGGCGCUCGCCGAUCGUUCUUACGGAACACACUCGUUCCGUUGUGCCUUACGGACUCUUUCUCGAGCCAAACCAGCAGCCGCAUACUGCCUAUAUCAUGCGCCGCUGUGCGGCUGCUGGUUGGAUUUGAUAGAGAGCCCGUAAGACAGAACGGAACUAGUGAGUUCCGUAAGAACGAUCGGUGAGCGCCCCCUACCAUAAAUAGUUGUUGUCGAGUGUAAAUGCUUAUCGGUCGGGUCUCACUAAGAUAUGUGAUGUUUUUGCAGCGCAGCCUGGACGUUCCUCAUUUCUGAUUGCCAGUUACCUUUUCGCUCAAUGGCAGUGCAUAUGUUCUGGUGCUUAUCCGAGCAUAAGACUUAAAUCUUCGAGUAUCUGACAUACAACCGGCGUGUAAAACAGGUAUUCAGUCUUUCGUGCACUAUUAACCUACUGGCGUCGGUAGCCUCGCUGUCUCCCUUAAUUGUUAAGAACUUUCUUGAAGUUCAGAGGUUUGUUAUUCAGGACGUCAAGUAGGCAAACGCAUGUUUCCGAUCUCUCAUUGUCAGAGCAUACAGUCGGGACUGGUCUGAUUAACAGCGGCCACCGAGUCAUCUAGGGGGUACCGGUUAGACACUCCAACUUCCGUUGUCUGCGGAUUCUUGUUUCAAACAGGGACGGAGGCCGUACGAUUAGCCAGCUCCCUCUCAAGCCAGCAGAAAACGUCUAUUCGAGCUCUCAAGUCACCCUCUCCUAGGGUAAAUAUCGCUCAUUCCUGCCCUUACCCAGUCACAUCCCGUUGCGACAGUGAAUCAAGGUCGUUCUGCUGACGCAUUUCCCUUGCUACUAGAACUCAGAAGCAAAUGCCCGCCCUGCUAUCUGUUUGUCAUGAACAGAUGUCCUCUAUAAUCUCCUCCGCCACUUGUCGCCGGCUGUUUUUCGGCCCUUGCUGCCCUACUGUUGCAUAAAUUGUUGUAAAAGCCUGACGCUGAAUAAUUGGAGAUGUGCGUUUGUCUAAGGGUUUGAUGUUUGCGUGAUUGGGGUGGAGGUAGUCGGUUUCUUCCCAUCAGUGGGUAGAUCCUUUACCUUUUUUGCAGUAAAGCAGUGGUUACUAAUUUGAUGAUUUGAAGUUAACACCAAGUUUAUUUUUUAAGGCUUUGAGUUAUUUCGACAUUGAGUUUGCAUAAGAAGGGCAUUGGAUUGGUCAUUAUUCGGAGAUCUUGACUUGCGUCGAAGAAGAAUUCGCUGAACGUACAGCGGAAGUAUCUACAUUUGUGACUUGACUUUGGCCAGACAUUUCAGUCGACAACAGAAAGGUCGCAAGCCACAGCGACGCGAUCUUUUUAGUGGGAAUGUCUGACCCUCGGGCUUUAGUAUUACAGUAGCAGCCCGUGGAAGCCCUCACGAUAACGAGGAGCAGAGGUAUUCUACCACUAUAAAUAUGGCGUUGUUGCUCACGUCGAUUUAACCUAGCUCCAUCUGCUUACCGGUUGAUUCUGUCUUAUCAUUUAUUAUACCCUGUGACCUCCUGUGGGGUUUGGAUUUAUAUUCUCAUUUUGGAGACACUGAGUUGGAGGUCGACGAGUCGUCGGCAUUGCGGAUCGCCUUGGUCACGGGUACGUCUUGUCGAUCUGGUCUCCGGAUAAGAACAUAAUCCAGCAGCUGCCACUGCCGCGAUUGGGGCUGCAUUCAGGUUGCCUUCUCGCGCAUCGGGAGGCGGAGGAAGGUGUUCAGCGCAGGUUCGCAUAAGCAGAAUGCCGUUGUCCUUGCAGCCGCCGGGUCCACGAGGACCCAUCACUCUUUCUCAGGCUACGUACUCUGUCCCGACUCGGACAUUUAGGGUCACCAACGACAACCAGCAUGUCCGCCUUCGGCAUAUUUGUCAGGAGGGCGUACAAUACGUCGUAAAAUUUGCUUCACACCUCGUCGGGGUUGGUCAUUGGGAGGGCUUAGGUGCCGAAGACGGUGGUGAAUUCGACUCCCGGAAGGGAGAGGCGUAGUGCUAUAUGUCGGUUAUUGAUGCCCUGCGGCAGACAGCAGAAGUGGGAAUUCGAAGCCUGCGUUCACUUUUUGUCACAAGCCAGGACGAAUAACAACUGGGUGGUUGCAGUGGGUAACUGGAGUGCGCUACCGUCAACACGCAAAAGACUUGUGGAAACUCUAGUUGACAAAGUCAUACUAAGCUGUGGGUAGUGCGUGACCCGCUUUCGCGAACAUUCAGGGAAAUUUUCAAAGGAUAUUUUAUGCCCUACGAACACACGAAUUGUUUUUUUUGCAUUUUGUUGUGAGACUAUUUUCUGUGAAAAUUAAUCCCGGCACUCCGUUGGAUAUUGAAGAUCGUUGUCAUCCCCGUUCAAUCUGGAAAAGCCAACUGAGGAAUCUCGACCACCUCCAGCCGUGCUGGCUUCGGAGGCCACAGGGUCACGGGCACCAAGACCACUGAACCAGCUUGCAUGAGCAGGUUCAGGUUCGUUGAGCUGGCCGUGUCUUGUGGGCGCUUUUGCCAAUUCGUCCGUCCUCCGCUAAAGUUGCCACAGUUGCCUCCAUCACAAACGCCUAUGCACUCGUGAGAGCCCUGCUACCGUCCUCUCUUGUCGACAACAAGCACACCGUAAGCCUGACGUCGUUCGAAUUUUGGUUUUCUUCAGUAGCGCAAUCUGCAGCUCCUCGUGGAGGUUUGUGCGACCUACCCAAGAACAGUACACCUCGAUUUGUUCAUCUGCGCUUGUCUGUGGUACCGAUUGGAAAAAGGUGGACAGAUUCGCCUGUUGAGUAUAUUGUCGUCCUCAUCGUAUUGGUUAUUCGAUUUACGCCUGCGUGACCCUGUCAGAAUUUCUGCUGUCGAUAUCCAGAAGUAAAGUCUGUGGCUCAUGUUGGAUAGCCUCUGGGAUCGUUCCGAAGUAGGGUGCACACGUUAUGCGCCUUCUUGAUUUACUAAUCUUUCCGUCCGUUGAAAGGUAAGUAAUGCCGCUUGGCACCAAAAGGAGCAGGUUAAUUUAGUGCAUUCAGCUCCUGCUCCUCCUCGUCGUAGUGAUUAUUGGAUUUCCGUCUGCAUUUGACAGUUGAUAUGCUUUGAUUUUCAAUGUGAACAGGCGGCGCCAUGAUAGCCUGAAACUGGAGAGGAAAUUGCAUUAGGUAUGUCAAAAAACAGACUCCUGGGAACAGCACAUGUUCUCCGCCAUCCAAUGUUACCUUAACUGGCUCCAUGGUUUCGCGUGGGAUAGGUCGGCAGCAGUAGUUGAAUUAUCGCAGUCUACAAAAAUCGUGGAAUAGGGAAAUUUGUGGCGCUGUGAUAUUAGCAUGGUUGCACCACGAAGCGUAAAAUUACCCUUCUCACUGCGAUGUUUUACAUUUCAACUUGCUUUUUAGAAUCCUCGGAAGAAUGA